AUGUCGCCGCCCCUUGGCAAGAGGAAAGAGUCGGCCCAGGCCCGCCUGCUGGGUUCUGGUACCUCAGGUAUCGCUGAGCUUCUGGUGUUCCACCCUGUGGACACUGUGGCGAAACGUCUGAUGAGCAACAAGGAUCGCGCUGCGUCGAUGGCCACCGUCUUGUUUAAGGACAAGGCUCAGGCCCCGGCUAUGACCCGGUUCUUUAGCUUGUUCCCUGGUCUUGGGUAUGCAGCCGGCUACAAGGUCCUGCAGCGUAUCUACAAGUUUGGUGGCCAGCCUUACUUUAACGACUACCUGAACAAGUACCACAAGAAGCAGUUUGAGAACAUCUUUGGCGAGCGCACAGGCAAGAGCAUUAUGAGUGCCACGGCUGGCUCGCUGACGGGUAUUGGUGAGAUUGUCCUCCUCCCGCUCGAUGUGCUCAAGAUCAAGCGCCAGACAAACCCGGAGGCGUUCCGAUCGCGCGGCUUCAUUCGCAUCUUGUUGGACGAGAAUGUGAACUUGUACCGCGGCUGGGGCUGGACAGCGGCGCGGAAUGCGCCUGGCUCGUUCGCUCUGUUCGGUGGUAGUGCGUUCACCAAGGAGUACGUGUUUGGCUUGAAGAACUACUCGGAUGCUACCUGGGCCCAGAACUUUGUGGCGAGCAUUGCGGGUAGUGUCGCGAGCAUUACUGUUGCGGCGCCACUGGAUGUCGUCAAGACCCGUAUUCAGAACGCGAACUUCGAAUCGAAGGUGGGCGGUGUGACGAUCAUUCGCGACAUGGUGCGCAAUGAGGGCUUCUCGGCGUUCUUCAAGGGUCUUACGCCCAAGGUCCUUGUGGUGGGCCCCAAGUUGGUGUUCUCGUUCACCAUUGCGCAGUCGUUGAUCCCAUGGUUUGGAAAGUAUGUCUAG